AUGGAUCUACCUGUUGCAACGAAAGAAACACCUGUGUACGAGCUAGUAUUAACUGCACAGUUUCUUCAUCAAACGUCAACUGCUUUUUCGUUUGGCACUUUUAGUGCUCUUCUUUUAAUGGUGGUACUUCACGUAGGGUGUCAGGUCGACAUUAUGUGUCGAACAAUAACAGAAGAUCGAGUCAAGAAUAAGGAACAAUUAAAGUUUUUUAUUAAUCGACACCAGGAUAUAAUCUUACUUACAGAAAGAAUUGAAAAAUUAUUUACAUAUGCGGCACUUAGUCAACUUUUAUCAAAUACUCUAAAUACGUGUUGUUUAGGAUUCCUUAUCGUAAUUGCGUUCAAUAUCGAUAAUGGACUACCUAUUUUAAUCAAAUCUAUUUUAUUCUAUGUUGUCGUCUGGUUAGACGCGUAUUUAUAUUGCUUCGCGGGAGAAUAUCUCAGUACCAAGAGUAAGUUGAUUUGCGAAACAGCAUACAAGUGCCUUUGGUACGAUUUGCAUCCGAAUGAGAGUCAACUUCUAGUACUUCCGAUACUCAGAUCGCAAAAAGGACUUAAGCUCACUUUUGGAAAAUUUUCAAGUCUCUCUUUGGAAAGUUUUAUGUCUAUGAUGAAGGCCUCAGCUUCGUAUAUGUCGGUACUGCUUGCAAUGUCUUGA